UACGAUUGAAGUAAAUAUUCAGUAUAAAAAUUUUGUCAAACCUUGAAACAAUUGUUUUGUGUAAUUGAAAAAAUAUAUCAGGAAUUAAUCUUAUACCUAGGUACUCUUUAUCUCGAUAAAUUGGCGUCAAGAUCGUAUCUGGAAAAUUCAAUUGAUUAUAUUCUUAUAAAUACUGUAAUAUAUAUCUGAGUUAAAGAAUAGUUCUAAUAAAAUAUUAAAAAAAAAAUAUAAAUAUAAUAUGAAACGAGUCGUUUCAACUAUUUUGCUAGUGUUGAUCAAUUUUCAUUAUGGAAAUUUAUCGUUUCCUAAGAAGUAUGGCAAAAUUUCCACAAAAGCUGUAACUGGAGACUUCGGCGAACCGUUGCUGCUAACACCACUCAUAGAGCAAAAUCGAAUAAAAGAAGCCCAGGCUGCAGCAAGAGUUUCUUUAGAAGAAUUCAACCAAGUAAAAAGUUAUGCUGCUUUUCUGACAGUGGAUAAAAUUUACAAUUCUAAUAUGUUCUUUUGGUUCUUUCCGGCUAAAAAAAAUUAUAAGAGCGCCCCAGUGCUUUUAUGGUUGCAAGGUGGCCCCGGAGCAUCUUCACUGUAUGGUUUGUUUUCAGAAAAUGGACCUUUCAUAUUAAAAGGAGCAGAUAAAGUGAGACACCGCGAAUACACAUGGACACAUGAUCACUCCGUGAUAUACAUAGACAAUCCUGUAGGAACAGGGUUCAGUUUCACAGACGGAGGAUAUGCCCAAAAUGAAACAAAAGUUGGGGAAGAUCUAUAUGAAGCGCUAAAGCAGUUUUUCACUUUAUUUCCUGAACUACAGAAAAAUGACUUUUUCGUUACUGGAGAGUCCUAUGCUGGAAAGUACUUACCAGCGAUUGCUUACACCAUACUCAAAAAAAAUGGAAACGACAACGUGAAAAUUAAUCUUCAAGGACUUGCUAUUGGAAACGGCCUCAGUGAUCCCGAAAAUCAACUGCAGUAUGGUCAAUACUUAUAUGAAAUUGGGUUGAUAGAUACCCAUGACAGACAAAUAUUCUCAAAUCUUGAGCAACAAGGAAUAAAAUAUAUACAGAAUGAACAAUAUGACAAAGCCUUCAAUGUAUUCGACAUUUUGAUAAAUGGUGACCUGACCAAACAAACUACAGCAUUCAAAAAUGCCACAGGUUUUGACAAUUAUUUCAACUAUCUACAACCAAAGGGGUCACCGAAUGAUGAUAUAUACCUGGGACAAUUUCUUCAAAGAGGUGAGGUGCGGAAAGCUAUACAUACUGGAAAUUUGACAUACAAUAACGGAGAACUAGUUGAGCAAAACCUAAUCAAUGAUGUGAUGAAGCCAAUUACGCCUUGGGUAUCAGAGAUUCUCAGUAAAUACCGGGUAUUAAUAUAUAAUGGUCAGCUGGACAUUAUAGUAGCGUACCCAAAUACAGUCAAAUAUUUGCAAAAGUUAAAAUUCAGCGGAGCUAGCAAAUACAAAACUGCAAAGAGGACUAAGUGGUAUGUUGGAGAUGACCUUGCAGGUUAUGCGAAGACAGCAGGUAAUCUGACUGAGGUGAUAGUCAGGAACUCCGGGCAUAUGGUUCCAGUUGAUCAACCAAAAUGGGCUCUGGAUUUGAUAACAAAAUUUACAAGAAACAUAUCUUUAUCUUGAAAGUGUAUGAAAGUUAGGAUCUGUAAAGGAAAUAUUUGAUUUUUUUAUAAAAAGCAACACGGUA